AAAAAAAGGAAAAAACAGUUGGAUCUAAAAUAAAAAAUGAGUUGGCUUCUCAUAUUACUUCUUCUCAAUUUUAGUUUCUUCGAUCUUUCAGAAGCCAGGCACCACAGGAAGCUGCCGUCGGCUGUCGUCGUCGGUACCGUUUUCUGCGACACAUGCUAUCAAGAGAAGUUUUCCAAGACCAGUCACUUCAUUUCAGGUGCAACGGUUGCUGUCGAAUGUGGAAACAAAGGACCAGAACCGAGUUUUAGAGAAGAAGUAAAGACAGACAAAAGAGGGGAAUUCAAGGUGAAUUUGCCAGUUUUAGUGAGCAAACAUGUGAAGAAGAUUGAGGAAUGUUAUGUGGAAUUAGUUAAAAGUAGUGAACCAUAUUGUGAUGUAGCUGCAACAGCAAAAUCAUCUUCCCUUCAACUCAAGUCAAGAAAACAAAACACACACACAUUCUCAGCUGGCUUCUUCACUUUCAAGCCUCUAAAACAACCAAACCUUUGCAACCAAAAACCACAAAAUCCCAACACAUUUGAUGACAUGAAAGAAAUCCAACUCCCCCCACCACCAUCAUACGACAUUCCGAAUUUGCCAUCUCCUAUCCAAAUCCCGACCGUACCGAGCGCUCCUCGGAUUUACGAUAACCUUCCUCCUCUCCCACUGCUUCCUGGACUUCUUCCAUUGCCUCAGUUACCUCCACUGCCUCCAUUGCCACCACUUCCUACUCUUCCACCUCUCCCUAAGUUUCCAAUAUUCCCACCAAAAGAGAAAGAUGAGAAAAAUGCACCAAAUGAAACUCCAAACACAAGUGAAAAACUAGACAAGUUUCCAAUACCACCCAUAAAGCCUUUGAGGAAGCCACAUCAUUUUGUUCUGCCUCCACAAAGGCUGCACCACCACCCUCGGCUGCCACCUCAUGUGGCGGUGAUAGGCGGCGAGCCGAUACCUAACCUUUCUAAGAUCUCCUCAUCUCAUAAGAAAACUUCUCCUUGAAAUAUUUCAACGUUUAAACCCAAAGUUAACCUUCAGAAUAAGUCGCAGUUGCAAAUAUAUCACAAUAUUAAAGAAUUUGCAAAUGUAUCAAAAUUUAGAUCUAACUUUAGGAGUUGAUAUAUCCGUUAUAGACUAUAUUACUAAUAAGAGUCUAUCGAGGAUAAAGUACGUUAUCGACAUAUUUUGCGAUAUUUGUAAUUCUUUAAAAAUACUACCCUGCAAAUUGCAAUUGCUCGUUUUUUUUCUUGUAUUCUUGUGCUUAUUUUCUAGUAAAAAUCAAUAAUUUGUGAGCUAAAUUGGAUGGAUGUGAGGAAAAUUGAAGGUCAGGAUUAGGCAUAAAAGGGUUGGUGCUGUGAUUUGAAUGGUUUGAUCAUAAUUAUUUAUGUUGUUGGGAUA